GGAAGUACUUGUGAAAGUUUUUGCCUUCCUGGUGACAAUUUGUUGGCAUUUCUUCCAUUGAGUUUUUUAGCCAGCUGCAAAUUGGAACGAUCAAUUUCGUUUCAAUCUUAAUCUGACAACACCACAGCCAUGUCUCACACCAUCCUGCUUGUUCAACCCACAAAAAGACCAGAGGGGAGGACAUAUGCAGACUAUGAGUCAGUUAAUGAAUGCAUGGAGGGUGUGUGUAAGAUGUACGAGGAGCAUUUGAAAAGGAUGAACCCCAACAGUCCUUCCAUCACCUAUGACAUCAGCCAGCUGUUUGACUUUGUGGAUGACCUGGCAGAUCUAAGCUGUCUUGUCUAUCGCGCAGACACCCAGACCUACCAGCCCUACAACAAAGACUGGAUCAAGGAGAAGAUUUAUGUCCUCCUGAGGCGCCAGGCGCAGCAGGCUGCGAAGUAAGGGCUCAGGAGAAGUGAUUGACUCUCUGUGCGUGCGUGUGUGUGUGUGUGUGUGUGUGUGUGUGUCUGUGUGCUGCGUGAGGACGGACUGACGGACGGAGUUGCUAGGGUACUGGAGAGAAGAGUGUAAAAAAAGAACACACCUGCCUGUGUGUCUUCCUUGUAAGUUCUUCAUCUCCUCCACACUUUGUUUUUCUUGGUUGUACGUUUCCUCUAAUAUAUCAUUGGUGGCCACUGCCCUAGUAGAUGCUGACUUUGGACGAGAUCAAGUAGUGAUAUGUAGGGCCUGUGUUAGAUUGCAGCCAGACUCCUUACCAGUGUCAGCCUUUUUAGGGGACCGCUACCUUCUGUAUGUCCUAUUACUUUUGAUUUAACGUAAUUUGAUGUGGCAUUACAUCCCUUGUGGAUUCUUCAAACACCUACCUGUCUCGUAUCUGGCUAUCUGCUUGGCUGAAGUCCAUGAAUCGGUUCCACUGGCAUGGCCGCCAAGGUUUCGCUCAGCUACUUCUGCACUCCUCUCUCAGGUUUUAGCUCUGUCUGUAUCCGUGACGAUGCGACAGAUAGUCAGAUAGCUGACAAUGUCGGUGUAGCAGAAUUGCUCCAAAGUGUGAAGGAAGUUUGAUGCACUGAAGGGAAGACACCUCGACAGCGAGAAAUCUCUGUGCUAUUGACAGUUUCACUUUGCAAGGGUUAGAACAUGGAACUAGUGAGAUGGGGAGUCAAAUUGUCAAUUUCUUUUCACGAGGCAACAUUUAUAUCUCAAAAUAUCAUGAAACGGGGGAGGGACGUGUCAAAGAAUCACUGCCACCAAACUUUGUUCCAGACUGUGUUUUAUGUCUCUUCCACGCUUUGUUGGAUUCUGUUCUGUCUUUAUAUAUUUCAUAGUAGUGUGAAGUGCAGCAAUGAUGUUUUUUUCUACUGGAAAAGGAUGAAUGUAGCUAAUGCAUGCCUGUUUGUUAUUGUUGUUUCUGUUGGAGAUGAGAGGGUUUUUUAACACAAUUACUAUCGACAUGAUUGACACAUUUUAUUGGUAGUUUUUUGUUUUAGUUGUCUUCUUUUUUUAAAUAUAUAUAAAGUGAUCUUCAACGUGUUAUUUGGCCAUUGGAAAAACAAACAAUCUGAGUGUUACAGCCACAUUUGUUGAAAGACGUAUGUUUUUCGUUUUUUUCUUCUGCAUGUGUGUGCUGUAGGUUAUGUGAGUUGUCAGAAAAGAACCAAGUUUUGUUAAAUAUUGAGUUUUAGACCAUUGGCUGUCUUUCUAAACCGGAAUGUUUAUUCCUCUUGGUCAUCCCAAGACACAGUGGAUGAUUCCAUUUCCUCUGUUCUGUGCUGUAGUCGCUUUGAGAUUGCGGUGAAAUACAAAACCAUAAAGGACUCAGUAACACUCAUCCUAGUGUGUGUUUAACUGCUGGAUCUAAGAUGUGAAAAUAUCUUUUUUAUUUAAAUAAUGAUUUUAUGGUAUUUUGGUUCUUUUUAUCUUGUUUAUCCACAUUGUAUGAAGGGGUGGAAAUUAGCUUUUUUAUAUAUAUAUAAAGCAGUGUGUUUUGUAUAUUACCUUGAAUAUUUGCCUUCAAACCAGUUUGAUUUGUUGUGAAACGAUUAAAUAAAAAUAAAGUUCUCUUGUCAAAA